AUGGAAGGGCAGAGCCCUGCUGGCCUUCCCAAAGUGGAAGGGAGUGCGGAAGGAGAAGGAAAACCUCCCUUGGUGGGUCUCCCAGAGUGUGUGAUGGAACAGACAGAGUGGAGAGUAUCGGGCCAGGAAUUAUGUAAGGGUCAGCAACAUCUGUGGGAUAUCCAAUGCCAGGAUUUCUUGAGGGGGCUGGAGUAUCCUCGCAGGGGAGGCAGGAACCAGCUUCCAAUGGAGCCCGCUCCGUGUGAUAACAUCAAGACUUUCUUGUCCUCCUUCGAGCAAAUCGCCGAAGCCUGUCACUGGCCAAGAGAAGAGUGGGUGAGCCGGAUCCUGCCAGCACUUAGCGGAGAUGUCAUACAGUUCUUUUGCAAUUUGGAAGUUGGAGACAGGGAGGACUAUGGGAAGGUGAAGGCUGCCAUCUUGCGAGGGAAUGCCAUGCGCAUGGAGACACAGCGCCAGCACUUCAGGCAAUUCCGCUAUCAGGAGGCAGAUGACCCACGUCGGGUUUACAGCCAGCUUCGAGAACUUUGUCAUCAGUGGCUGAGGCCAGAGAGACACACCAAGGAACAGAUCCUAGAGCUGCUGAUCCUAGAACAGUUCAUGGCUAUCCUACCUCAUGAGCUACAGAGCUGGGUCAGAGAAGGGGGACCAGACAACGGUGCCCAAGCUCUGAGCCUGGUAGAGGAUUUCCUGAUGAAUCAGCAAAAGGCUGAGAUGUGGAAGUGGCAGGUACCAAUUCAGCAAGUGGCCAGGAGUUCCCUAGAGCCAGAGAGGCCUCUGCCAGACCCUCCUCAGAGUGUGGCCUAUCUGGAUGUAAAGCCGAAAGAGGAUGGGGAGAUGGGUUUGCCAGCCAAUGGAAUAGCAUUCCCGAGUCACUCCAGUUCUUCACUUCCUCCCGAGCAACGAGAAAUGGCGGAAACAGGGCUGACGGAGGGACCUGCGAGCUUCAAGGAGAUGGACAUUUCUUUUGACAAGGACAAGCAGUCUCUGGAACCUUCGGGCCAGAGAACCAUGUUCUGGCAAGUCAAAGAAGAGAUCUAUGGGAAUGCAGCAUCUUUGGAGGGACUUCUGAUUCCAAAGCCUGACCCAGUUUUCCAUUCAGAAAAAGGGGAGAUGUUAUUCCAGGACCCAGAAUCGGGUAAAGGGAGAAAGAUCAAGGUGGAGAAUUCUCAUCCAGGAGGGGCUGUUCCAGAGGAAGCACAUGAAACAUUAGUGGCAAGUCACCAUGGGAAUCUUUCCAUGACAGUUGAUAUUCCAGAGCCAAGAUCCAAGUCCAAAGAGCAGGAAGGACAAAAUGACAGUGUCCUCAGAGAUCGCAUUUCAGUGCCCAUGAAUGACAGUUCGACGCACCUUGGGGUGGAACAGACUUUGUCCUCUAAGUAUGGGAGAAAAUGCUGCUACAAAGUGGAACUUGUUAAGAUGCCUGCAGAGGAGAACCAUUACAAAUGUUCGGUGUGUGGGAUAAGCUUCCAGGAAAAAUACUACCUUGAUGAACACCAGAGGAUGCACACUGGAGAGAAACCGUACGAAUGGUCAGAAUACUCUCAGAGGGAAAUUUGGGUUAGACAUCCGAGUGGCGAUAUGGAAGAGAAGUCUUGCGAAUGCCCUGAGUGUGGGAAAGGAUUCAGUUGCAGGGCAACAUUAAUGAGACACCAGCGAAUUCACACUGAAGAGAAACCACACGAAUGUUCUCACUGUGGUAAAAGUUUCAGCCAGAGGACGAACUUAAUGAGUCAUCUGAGAAUCCAUACUGGGGAAAGACCAUACCAAUGUCCCCAGUGUGGGAAAGGGUUCCGAUGGAAACUACAUCUAAAGCGACAUCAGAAAAUCCAUACAGGAGAGAAACCUCACAAAUGUUCUGAAUGUGGGAAAAGCUUCUCUCGGAGAGAUACAUUGAUCAAUCAUCAGAGAACACAUACAGGAGAGAAGCCAUACAACUGCCUGCAAUGUGGGAAGAGCUUCUCUUCAAAUGGCCAACUAACACAGCAUAUAAGGAUUCACACAGGGGGAAAGCCAUAUAAAUGCUUGGAGUGUGGCAAGAGUUUCUCUUCAAAUGGCCACCUAACAGGGCAUCUAUGGGUUCACACAGGGGAAAAACCAUAUAAAUGCUUUGAGUGUGGAAAGAGUUUCUCUUCAAAUGGCCAACUAACACUGCAUAGAAGGAUUCACACAGGGGAAAAACCAUAUAAAUGCUUGGAGUGUGGCAAGAGUUUCUCUUCAAAUGGCCACCUAACACGGCAUCUACGGGUUCACACAGGGGAAAAACCAUAUAAAUGCUUGGAGUGUGGAAAGAGUUUCUCUUCAAAUGGCCACCUAACACGGCAUCUACGGGUUCACACAGGGGAAAAACCAUAUAAAUGCUUGGAGUGUGGCAAGAGUUUCUCUUCAAAUGGCCACCUAACACGGCAUCUACGGGUUCACACAGGGGAAAAACCAUAUAAAUGCUUUUGUGGAAAGAGCUUCUCCUCAAAUGGCCAACUAACACUGCAUAUAAGGAUUCACACAGGGGAAAAACCGUAUAAAUGCUUUGUGUGUGGAAAGACCUUCUCUUCAAGUAGCCAUCUAACACGGCAUCUACGGGUUCACACAGGAGAAAAGCCUUAUAAAUGCUCCAGGUGUGAAAAGAGCUUCUCUCAGAAUAGCCAGCUAUCACAACAUCGAAGGAUUCACACAGGGGAAAAACCAUAUAAAUGCUUGGAGUGUGGAAAGAGCUUCUCUUCAAGUAGCCAUCUAACACGGCAUCUACGGGUUCACACAGGAGAAAAGCCUUAUAAAUGCUCCAGGUGUGAAAAGAGCUUCUCUCAGAAUAGCCAGCUAUCACAACAUCAAAGGAUUCACACAGGGGAAAAACCAUAUAAAUGCUUGGAGUGUGGAAAGAGCUUCUCUUCAAAUGGCCAACUAACACUGCAUAUAAGGAUUCACAUGGGAAAACCCGUAUAA